AUGAAUUCACUUGGGGCAGCAAGCACUCGGUUUGGGUUUGAACUUUUCAAAAAGCUGAAGAAAACAGAAGAUGGCAAUGCCUUCUUUUCCCCUGUGGGCAUCUCAACUGCCAUUGGCAUGAUCCUUCUGGGAGCUCAAGGGAACACGGCCCGCCAGUUACAGAAGGUGUUUUACUCCGAAAAAGACACAGAAAGCUCAAGAGAAAAAGCUGAAGAAAAGGAGGUAACUGAGAAGACAGAAGAGAUACAUCACCAAUUCCAAAAGUUUUUGACCGAAAUAAACAAACCCACUAGUGAUUACGAGCUGAGCAUAGCCAACAGGCUGUUUGGAGAGAAGACAUACCUCUUCUUUCAGAAAUACUUAGAUUAUGUUGAAAAAUAUUACCUUGCUACUCUGGAACCUGUUGAUUUUCUGAAUGCAGCUGAUGAAAGUCGAAAGAAGAUUAAUUCCUGGGUGGAAAGACAAACAAAUGGAAAAAUCAAGGACCUGUUUCCAGAUGGCUCCCUUGACAGCUCCAGCAAGCUGGUGCUGGUGAACACAGUUUAUUUUAAAGGGCAAUGGGACAGGGAAUUUAAGAAAGAAGAUACCAGGGAGGAGCAAUUUUGGCUGAAUAAGACCACAAGUAAACCUGUGCAGAUGAUGAAACAGCGCCAUUCCUUUAACUUCACUUACCUGGAGGGCUUGCAGGCCAAAAUUCUGGGAAUUCCAUAUAAAAAUAAUGACCUAAGCAUGUUCCUGCUGCUACCAGAUGACAUAGAUGGUCUGGAGAAGAUUAUAGAUAGAAUAACUCCUGAGCUGUUGAUCGAGUGGACUAGCCCAGGGCAUAUGGAAGAAAAGAAUGUGAGCGUGCACUUGCCCCGGUUUCAAGUAGAGAAGACUUACAAUCUUAAGGAUGCCCUAGGUGCUAUGGGGAUAACAGACGCCUUCAGGGAGAACCAAGCAGACUUUUCUGGAAUGUCCGCCGGCUCCCGUCUGUACAUCAAGGAAUUCCGGCACAAGUCCUUCGUGGUGGUGACGGAGGAAGGCACUGAGGCUGCGGCUGCCACAGGCGGGACCAUGGGCAUCACAUCAAUCCCUAAUUAUGAAAACUUCCACUGUAAUCACCCUUUCCUGUUCUUCAUUAGGCACAAUGAGUCCAACAGCAUCCUUUUCUUUGGCCAGGUUUCUUCUCCUUAG